AAACUCGUUACGUUAGCGUCAGGUAGCGCUAAAUGGAAAGUGCAGGGAAAAUGACUUGCUAACACUGCCGGUCGGGUUAGCUACAUUUUAGCUAGCUAGCUAACGUUAGCACAAGGGUUAUCAUUACCUCUGGCGUUACCCUGCAAAUACUAUUUGUCGUGGUUUCUUUCAUUGUCUUGUUCUGUGUGUUCCUGAGAUGUGGUACGAUACGCUUGACUUUCAAGUGCAAUAUGACAGUGAGGGAAUUACCAGGCCAACAUUUGUAAGCUAGGUUAAGUAGCACUACAUAGCUAACAAGAGCUUCGUAAGAACCAGGCUCCGACCUGAUUAUGGCUCCCCGCAUACAACUGGAGAAAGCGGCUUGGCGUUGGGUGGAAGCGGUGAAACCAGAAGAAAUCAGACAGGAGCAUAUCGAGCUAGCAUAUCGCGUCAACCUCCCGGCCUGCAAGAGAGGAGCCUGCAGGAGGAACUGCAAAGGGAAUCCCAACUGUCUUGUGGGCAUUGGUGAGCAGGCAUGGCUGGGGGACAUAGAUGAAAAUGCUUUCCACAAUAUUGAUGACCCAAAUUCAGAGCGCCGAGACAAGAACACAUUUGUCGGACUGACCAACCUGGGUGCAACAUGUUACGUCAACACAUUCCUGCAAGUGUGGUUCCACAACCUGGAGUUGCGGAGGAGCCUCUAUCAGUGCCAUAAUUCAAGAGCACAGGAACAUAACAUUGAGUCUGAGUACGAGCCUCAAUCCAUCUGUGAGCAUCUUCAGUAUCUGUUUGCACUGCUGCAGAACAGCAACAGAAAGUACAUAGAUCCUUCAGGGCUGGUUAAAGCACUGGGUCUGGAUACAGGACAGCAGCAGGAUGCCCAGGAGUUUUCCAAGCUUUUCUUGUCUCUAUUGGAGGACACACUGUCGAAGCAAAAGAACUCAAACCUGCAGAAUGUCAUCCAGCUGCAGUUCUGUGGACAGUUCUCCUACGUUACUGUGUGUAAUCAGUGUGGACGAUCAUCUGCUCUCCCAUCCCGAUUCUACGAGCUGGAGCUCAACAUCCAGGGUCACAAGAACCUCAGAGAGUGUGUCACAGAGUUCCUGAAGGAGGAGAAGCUGGAUGGUGAUAACUGCUACUUCUGUGAGAGCUGUCAGAGUAAACAAAGCGCCACCAGAACGAUAAAGCUGCACAGCCUUCCUCCAACCCUCAACCUGCAGCUCAUGCGCUUUGUCUUUGAUAGACAAACAGGCCACAAGAAGAAGCUGAACACUUUCAUCAGUUUUCCAGAGCAACUGGACAUGGGGUCAUUUCUGGAAGGAAAAGAGGACCAGAAGUGUGUUUAUGAACUGAGUGCAGUGCUGAUCCAUCGGGGCAUCAGUGCGUACUCAGGCCACUACAUUGCCCACGUGAAGGAUGCUCGUACUGGUGAUUGGUACAAAUUCAACGAUGAGGAAAUUGAGAAGAUGGAAGGCAAGAAGCUGCAGCUUGGCAUUGAGGAGGACAUUGCCGAGACAGUUAAGUCCCAGACACGAAAGCCAAAGUGCAGUAAAGGCUUCCACUGCUCCAGAAAUGCCUACAUGCUGGUGUAUAAGGUCCAGGAAGAGGAGAGCUCAGAUCCCUCCAGGACCAACAUCGAGGUGCCAGCCUUCCUUCAGAGGUUGGUGGACCAAGACAACCAUAAAUUUGAGGAGUGGUGCAGUGAAAUGGCAGACAUGAGAAAACAGAGCGUGGAUAAGGGCAAGGCCAAGCACGAGGAGGUGAAGGAACUCUACGAGCUUUUACCCACAAAAGAAGGUGAGCCAUAUGAGUUUAUCCCCCUGGACUGGCUGAAGAAGUGGCUGGAUGACUCCACUGCCACAAAAGACAUCGACAACUCUUUCUUCCUUUGUUCACACGGUAAACUGCACCCAGACAAGGUGGGAGAUUCCAAAAGGAUUUCUCUGCAAGCUGCUCAGCUCCUCUAUGAGCGAUACGGCGGAGGGCCGAGACUGGACGAUUCCUCACUGUGUAGUGAGUGUGUUGGACAGCGAUGCCGAGUGCUGCGGCUGAAGAACCAGCUCAAUGAAGACUACAAGGAGGUCUCCAACCUGGUCAAACGCACGCUCAGUGACGAGGGUUACUGGGUGGGCAAAGCAUCUCUGCGUAGCUGGAGGCAGUUGGCUUUGGAACAGCUGGAGGAGGAUGAACAUGAAACCAAACACAGCAAUGGCCAGACCAAUGGACAGGGACCACACAUCAAAGAGUUCAGUUCAGAGCUCUCAGAGGGCAACGAGGAUGAGAUGAAGACUUUCAAUGAAGACAUUGUCUGCAGUCAUGGGGGUCUGACUAUUCUCGAGACUGAACGGAAGUUAGUAUCCACUGAAGUUUGGACCAAGCUAAGGGCAUACUUCUCCAAAGCCCCAGAAUUCACCCAAAACCAAGAGCCCUGUCAGCAGUGCCUGACGUUAGAACAGGAGGAGAAGGACAAUGAGGCAAUCAGUAAGAUGAUGGCCCUGGACCAGAAGAACCAGCUGCUCAACCUUUUCAAUGAGAAGAAUCGGCCAACCCUCACCAAGUGGCCUCAGGGCACAGAUGUUCUUUACAUAGUUCCUCUGUUCUUUGUGGAUGAGUGGAGAAAAUUUAUCAGGAGACCCACAAAAUCCUCUCCAGUGUCUAAUGUGGGCAACACUCUGCUUCUCUGCCCCCAUGGAGGGUUCAUGUUUACCCAUGACUCCCUGAUCAGCGGAGAUGCACAACAUAUAGCUCUGCUCUGGCCCAACGAAUGGGAAGUGAUUAGCAGACUCUUCAUUGUGGACCAGCCCAUCUCCAUCCACUGCUUCAAACAAACCACACCAAGUGGACCUACCACCCAGUUCACCACUCAGCCUGAUCUGUGUUGGGAGUGCAGAGAGAGCUUCCUUUUCCAGCAGCAGAGGGACCUCAGAGAGUACACCCAGGCAACCAUCUACAUCCGGAAAGUCAUCGAAGACCAGAGGCUGUUAAAGGAGGCAGCUCCGGAGACAAACGCCAGCAGCUCUGAGGCAGAGGACGAGAAAGAAGAACUUCCGAAGGUGGAUGGAGAGAUAGACCCAGACUUUAGCCAGUCAGAAGAUGGUGCAAAGCGGCUAAAGCUGUGUGACAGCAGCACAGCCUCAGCAGCGGCUGUUCCUGUGAGCAACAUGACCAAACUAGGUGGAAUCAGGAGAAGCACCCGGCACAGGAAACUCCGAGGAGAGAAAGCACUCAUAGUUUCAGCUAAUCAGACACUUAAAGAGCUGAAAAUACAGAUUAUGCACGCCUUCUCUGUGGCUCCAUUUGACCAGAACCUCUCCAUUGAUGGAAAAAGUCUGACAGACGACUCGGCCACUUUGGGCAGUCUGGGCGUCAUUCCAGAAAGCAUCAUCUGUCUGAAGGCUGAUGAGCCAAUAGCAGACUUUGCUGCAAUGGAUGAUGUCUACCAGGUGAGAAUGCCUGAAGAGGGAUUCAAAGGCACUGGGCUUCUCGGACACUGAGGAAAGCUGUGCUGUAGCCAUGCUUGAAUUGGACAGAUGACAGAGAAAUUAUCAGAGAAAAGCUUGAAUUUGUCAAGUGUCCAUAUAUAUAAAUAAGUGCUUUAAUUUUUUUUUUUUUACAAUUUGAUGAGGGGUUCUUUAAUAAAACUGUGACUAUGUUGGAAAGCCGCUGUACAAAGGAUUAGCUGGCCUUUGAUAUUUAAAGUUCCUUGUCAUUCUGAAGGACUGUUCAAUGUUGAGGAAGUUAAGUGGAUCUCUGUAUUCUAAAGCUUGUUUCCAGUUCAGUCCUACUGUUACUUUUGAAAAAAGCUUUGUUUUUCACUAUUUUAAAUUAUGGCAGAAGUAAUAUGAAAGAAAGUGUUUCUCUCCAUUGUGUGGAAGCUUGUGUUCUCACUGCACAGUUUUUCAGGUUUGUCAAAAGAAUGCACGAGUAAUUGUCAAGUAUUACAAAUAUAACUGCUCUCUAAUGUUAGAACAUUUAUUACCUCCUAUAGAAAAUCUAUAUCCAUAAUACUCCAUGUGGCAUUUCGAGACACAGCUACUCUAUGUAUAGAGGCUGAUUCCUGCAGGCGUCUCAGCAGUGCAAACCUUGAGUGAGUGCAAGCAGUUAAUGUUCUCUUCCUCUGACAGUUAUUUCUUAUGGACAAUAAAGUUAUUUUCAAAACA